AUGGACAGCCCCGGGGGAGUCAACACUGACAGCGACAAGUUAGACGCCAUUUUGAAAAAGUUGGAUCAAUCACAAGCUGAAAUUAGGAAGGAAGUUGAUGAGAAGAUUGAAGGUCUUCGUGAUGAGUUUUAUAAAACAUCCAAAGAAUAUGGUAAAACUGAUGACGCCUUGGAAUUGAUUAGUCAAGAAGUUUCCAGGUUCCAGACAAGAAACAAACACAUAAAAAUAGCUGAUUCCUCAGAGGGGGGCUGGGAAACAGUGCGCAAUUAUGUGGCUCAUGAAUUGGCGUCAGAUUCUGAUGACGACAAAAGAAUCAACCGAGCGGAAAGCAAAGCGAUUAAGAAAAUCAAGACAAGGGCAUCUCGUUCCGCACGAUUGCAUCCUUACAAGUCGAUCCAGCGUCCUUCCUCGACAGUCACUCAAGCUUCAACGGAUUCUCAUGCUGGUGACCAGUCUAAUAAUUUUCGUGGCCGUGGUCAAAGGUCGGGAGCGUGCUUCAUGUGUGGCGACUUCAACCACUGGAGACACAUUAUUGAAAACGGAUACAAAAUACCAUUUUAUUCUACCCCACAAAUAGUCUGAAUGAAUAUAAGGAACAAUAGAUCUGCUAAGGAGAAUUCUGACUUUGUGUCAUCAGCUGUUCAAGAUUUGUUGCGCAGAGGGUUGAUUGCUCAUUGUUCAGAUAAACCUUACGUGGUUAACCCUUUAUCUGUAGCUGUGCAACAUUCUGGUAAGAAGCGUCUUAUUUUAGACUUGUCUAGAGUGAAUAAACAUCUGUGGAAAGCCUGA